UCACGAUUCGAUUGGAUUUAAUUUCGAUUGUUGGGGUUACGAUUCGAUUCAAAAUCGAUUUUGGAUUCAAAAGGAUUGCUGAUGGAAAACCGACUCGAGGCCUGGUACAUAGGUCAUGUCAGGAUCUCCUCCAGGUUGUGUGUGUGAUCUGCUCCAGGUUGUGUAUGUGUACCACCAGACCUUCGUACAGCCGUCUGAGCAGGCUGUGGCUGGGCGUGUGCAGAGGGGGCGGGGCCUGUCAGAGCAGCUGCUAUUGGCCAAACUGAGGCGCUACAAGAGUGACGUCACAGGCCUGAAGCUGUCAUACCAACACGUCCUGAAGACGGUCAACUGUGAUCAACCACUCAAUGAUGUUUACCACCAGGUACUUAGCUUUGUUCUGAGACGUCGGUCCAUGGCUCCCCACAUUCCCAGAAUACUGCUGUUGGGUCCGCCGGGCUCAGGAAAAAGUCUUCAGGCCAGAUUACUCACUCAGAAAUACAAGCUGGUCAAUGUGUGUUGUGGGCAGCUUGUGUCGUCAGCAGCAGCUGAUGGUUCCACUCUGGGAGAGCAAAUCAAACCCUACCUGGAAGCUGGUAACAGAGUUCCAGACAGUCUGGUUCUGAGGGUUCUGGGGGAACGUCUGGGUCGGCUGGACUGCACCGUUCGGGGGUGGAUUCUGCACGGCUUCCCGAGGGACCUCGAGCAAGCAAGGAGACUGCAGGAAUCAAACUACAGACCCAACAGAGUUUUCUUCCUGGACAUAACAGAUGAGGUUGCCAUAGAGAGGAUCAGUCUCGGAGCCACAGACCCCGUCAGUGGAAAGAGGUAUCAUGCCCUGUACCACCCAGCUCCAAACCCAGAGAUCCAGUCCAGACUCCAGACCCACCCGGACCACACUGAGCAGAGUGUUCAGUGCAGACUGAGAGAGUACUGGACCCACACCGCUACGCUACAGUGUAUUUACUCAGAUGCGGUCCAUGUGAACGCUGACCAGGAUCCACACUUGGUGUUCGAGUCGGUGGAGAGCAGACUGAUGGAACGAGUGUCUGGACGACUGAGAGACAUAAGGAGGAGGAGGAGAACUGAAGAGGAGGGUGGAAAUGGGAUGGGGUGAAUGAGGAGAGGGAGAGCAGAGCCGGACACCGUCAGCUCAUCUUCUCUGCUGCCCUGCUCACCUGUCCAGUGUCAUCGGGUCACGUUCAGACCUGGUCUGGUCUGGUCUGUUGGAGGUUGGAAGGUGUUUUAUGUCCCAGUGACUUGUUAAGGUUGUUCAGGUGGUUUUAUCUUCCAGGUUUCAGAGCUGAUGGAGCUGUGGGUUGUUUUUCAUGUUGUUCUCUUCAGUAAGACAGUGUUAAGUUUGUGGUUCAGUAAUAAAGUUGAGAAAUAUGC